GGGGAGGGGUGCUUAGGAGGCCAAGCCCUCCUCCCCUCCGCAGCCGCCCCUUUCUGCUGGGCCCAGAGAGGCCGGGGCCCAACGGUGUCCUCUGGCCCCAAGCCAGUUCCUCUUCCAGAAACUGGGCCAUCCCUUAGAGGGGCCGCCCCCUCCCACCCUUGGUCAGCCCCAGGGCGUGUGGGAGUGUUGGUUAAGCUGGGAGGGAGCCCUGCCCUGCCCCAGGCUGCCUGCACGGGAGGGGGGGGGGGGCUGCCUGCACAGGGGUGCGCGGUGAGCCACCGGUGGUCAUGGCCUGGGUGAACCCUGUCUGCUCCCUGCUGCUGCGUGACCACAGGCCUGAGGGACAGGAACCUGGCCUGGCGUCCCACUGACCUUAUCAUUUGCCCUUCCUUCUUGUGAAAGUUUGAGAGAAGUGUGCAGCCACAGGAAAACGGGUGAGGCGAGGGUCCGUGGCGCCCUGGGGCAGCCGCACCCCGUUCCCCCAGCACUGCCCUGAGGCACAUGUAACACUCAUGGGCUGGGUGGGCUUGAGAACCCAGCCACGGUACCGCGGCCCAACUUCAGACAGGUCGGGGUGGUUCCCUAAUCCCACAGUCUGCACGAGGUCGCUGGUCAGGCUCCUCGGGGGGGCCUGGUCGUUUCGAGCUGCGCUCAGAGGUGGCCCCGGAGGCAGCAGCCGACCCUGGCUUGAGUUUCCGCGGCGUCUCGGGGAAGCACGGGUGAAGCCCGCGUUGGCGAUGCUGCUGUCUCGCGCCUGGCGUCCAGGACCACACGUCCCGGUGUCACUCGUCAGUGUCGGGAGCUGCCUCCCAGCCAUGGAGGGGGAGGAGGAGCGGUCACCUCAGGAGGCUGACACGGAGCCCGUUGUCCCAGUGGGGUCUUCCGAGGUGGUGCCCAGGGUGCUUUCUGGAGAACCCCAGAACCUGUCCGACGCCGACGCUCUGUCCCUGCUCCUGGAGAUGAAGCUGAGGAGGCGGCGGGAACGGCCCAGCCUGCCGCGCACCGUGACCGAGCUGGUGGCCGAGGACGGGAGCAGGGUGUACGUGGUGGGCACAGCCCACUUCAGCGAUGACAGCAAGAGGGACGUCGUGAAGACCAUCCGGGAGGUGCAGCCUGACGUGGUGGUGGUGGAGCUGUGCCAGUACCGCGUGUCCAUGCUCAAGAUGGACGAGAGCACGCUGCUCCAGGAGGCCAAGGAGAUCAGCCUGGAGAAGCUGCAGCAGGCCGUGCGGCAGAACGGGGUCAUGUCUGGGCUCAUGCAGAUGCUGCUGCUGAAGGUGUCGGCCCACAUCACCGAGCAGCUGGGCAUGGCCCCUGGCGGCGAGUUCAGGGAGGCCUUCAAGGAGGCCAGCAAGGUGCCUUUCUGCAAGUUCCACCUGGGCGACCGGCCCAUCCCCGUCACCUUCAAGAGGGCCAUCGCUGCACUGUCCUUCUGGCAGAAAGUCAAGCUGGCCUGGGGCCUGUGCUUCCUGUCAGACCCCAUCAGAGGGUACCGAGGUCCCUGCCCUGGGUCAACAGCACCGGCCUCCCGCUGGCCACCCCGUGCCCGCGAGGCUGGCAGCGUGCCCUCUGCCCCCAGCAAGGACGACGUGGAGCGCUGCAAGCAGAAGGACCUGCUGGAGCAGAUGAUGGCCGAGAUGGUCGGCGCGUUCCCCGACCUGCACCGCACCAUCGUCUCUGAGCGCGACGUUUACCUGACCUACAUGCUGCGGCAGGCCGCCCGGCGCCUGGAGCUGCCCCGCUCCUCUGACGCCGAGCCCAGGAAGUGUGUCCCCUCGGUGGUGGUGGGUGUCGUGGGCAUGGGCCACGUGCCGGGCAUCGAGAAGAACUGGACCACCGACCUCAACAUCCAGGAGAUCAUGACCGUCCCCCCGCCGUCCAUCUCCGGCAGAGUGUCCCGGCUGGCCGUGAAGGCCGCCUUCUUGGGCCUGCUGGGCUACGGCCUUUACUGGAUGGGGCGCCGCGCCACCAGCCUGGUCCUGUCACUGCCUGUCGCUCAGUACUGUCUGCAGAGGUCGCCCGCGGCCCGGCCGCGCAAAUAGGAAGGACCAACACGUGGCUGCUCCCGUGUCACCGCUGAGGGGCGCUGGGGCUGGCCCCCCCCCAACGAGGAGCGGCUGGGUGCCACCCCCUGUGGGGGUCCAGGCCCGGCCAUGCCUCUCCUCCCCCAACCCGCCCAAAUAAAGAAAUAUUUAACUGCUCUGAGCUCAGGCUUCCCAGCAGCCCCCUCCCCACCCUCAUCCCCGGCCCUGCAGGGACCGCUCUUGGGGUUCACGGGCAUCAGGACGCGCUGGUGGGGGAGGGGCUAAAGGUGCACACUGCCCCACCCCCCAUCCCCGGCCCCCAGGUGAAGGGGCGUGGUGGGCACGGCCAGCCAUCCCCUACCUCACUGUGCCUUCUCACGCGCUGGCAGCAGGAGCCCUGGCCCGGGAGCGAGUCCCAGUGGGUUCUGGGCCACCGGGUUCCUGGCCGGCAUGUUUGGGAAGGGCCAGGUCACCCCACGCAGCUCUGUCGUGGCUCCUGGGAGCGUCCCUCCCGCCUGGGCAGCUUGGCCACGCUCGGUCGCGGCGGGCGCACACCAGCUCUGCCUGCAGACGGUGUGUGGUUUUGGUUUUUAAAAACGUCUGAAGUUUUUUUACUCAGGUAAUUUUAACUUAAGAGAAAAACUGAAGCAAAUGUCAGAAAAUACUAGCCUUAAACCUGGUUGGGACAAAGAGAACGUGUGCGUGGGGGGACCUCGAUCCCGAGAGGGUGAGCCCGUGGGAAAGGUCAGCCUCCGCAGGGGGGUGCCAGGCCCGCCUCUGGCUGGGGGCUUCUGGGGCUGCAGCCCUCGGACAGGAGCCUUCCUCGGCCCCAACCUCAGUGGACAGCGGGCGCGUGUCCGCUGUGGGGCGGGACAGACGGAGACCCGAGGUUGGGCCGAGCCCACGCGGGGCUCCCACCCCGGGCACCUCCCUGCGGCCACGCUCCGCGGGUCAUGUGUCUGUGACACGGCCUCUGUGCAGCCCACCCGGGCCCCGGGGCCACGCUUGAUUGUGUUUGUGUUGACUCGAUGUCUGACAAAACCAGGUGAAACCCACGGCCGUGAACGGGGCCGCACCGUGUUUUCCUGUCAUACGUGUACUCAUUCCUGAGAAAUGGAAAUAAAGUCUAAUUUUGGAA